AUGGCGGCUACCAACUCAACCUCAAUCGAUACUGAGAGGCCGAAAAGCUCGGAGAAGAACCUGUGGUCUUCUUUGCUGGAUAGUGUGGCCAGUGGGAAGCGACUGCCGGAGAAGAAUAUCCUUGUCUUAGGAGGAUCUACCGAAUCGCAGAGGGAGUUUCUUGAGGCUCUAUCCACGGAAGAUACAAGGAGGAAUCAGGACCGGCAUAGCAGCAGACAGCCUCCUGUAGCCAACAGUUUCGCCCUGGGAUAUACGUAUCAGGAUGUUCUUGAUGCGGAUCACGAAGAUAUUCUUGCUCGUAUCUCAAUAUACCUCCUCACCGACCCCUCGCCCUCCUUUACACCUCUGCUGCAACCCCUGUUAACGCCGCAAACUAUUCCAAACACUCUUAUCGUUGUGCUGUUGGACUGGUCUCAGCCGUGGUACUGGCUCAAACAAUUGCGCGACUGGGUACGCCUUCUGCGGACCCUUCUUGUCUCAUUGGAUGGACACUGCAAGGAAAAAAUGGAAGAGGUUAUGAUCAAUUGGCGGGACAGAGGGCGUGGUGGGCACAGUCUGGAUGGUGGAGGUGUCAACAAUCCGUCGUCAGAGGCGGAUGUUAGUUUACCGCUGGGGCCGGGAGAAUGGGAGGAAGCUCUGGGACUUCCGCUGUGUGUUGUAUGCCAGAAUUCGGAUCGGAUGGAAGUCUUGGAAAAGGAGCGGUCUUGGAAGGAAGAAGAAUUCGAUUUCGUAUUGCAGUCUCUACGGACGGUCUUGCUAAAGCAUGGCGCAUCUCUCAUCUACACUACUCCCUCGGUCAUGAGUCCACUUCAAAGUCUCAUUCAUUCGUCUCUUGGGAUACACUCUCUGCUAAAACGGCAGCCCCUCAAGCACAAUAUCAUUGACCGUGACAAGGUUCUCGUACCACCAAACUGGGAUUCUUGGGGCAAGAUCCGUGUGCUCCGGGAAGGUUUUGACGUCGAAGCUAUCAACAACGGCUGGUCUCUUGAUAUUGAAGAAUCUUACGAGCCGGUUCUUGAUGACCAUUCAGCACCGGAGCACGAGGUAUCACCAGUAUCCGGAGGUGCGGUGGGCACAUAUCAAGAAACUAUCCGCGACCCCAGUCUUGAUGCUCUUCAAGCAACAUCUUCGGAGAACAACGGCCACAAACUAGAAAUAUCUAGCCCGGAUGCUCAGACGUUCUUGGCCUCACAAAUCGAAUCCCUCGACCGGAUUAAACAAGGUGCUGAGCCGAGUAGUAUGGAUAGCAGCCGACUUGUUCGUGGCCGGCAGUCUGCUCAGUCUGGAAUCGAGGAGGGUGACGAAGAUCAUUACGGUGAGGCGCGUGUCAACGAACACAUUGGACCUGUGCAGUUUAAUAUGGGCGGUAUCCAGGUAGAUGCGGACGACAUGCUGCAGCGGCUGAAGGAUCGCCAGACAUACCAAACGCCCGAACCAGAGGUACCAGGCGGCGGAGCCUCCCCAGACGGGAAGAACCAAAACGAAGCCCUUGCAUCCUUCUUCGCCGGCCUCAUGAAGAGAGGCGGCGGUAGCGCAACAAACAGUCCAAAACCUGGCGCUUCGUAG